CUACCGGGAACGGCGCUGUUGAGGACAAAAACAGACAGGGAGAAGGGAUCAUAACGGAGGGAUAGAGUCACAGAGCCGGUAUCAACUGGGCUCAUUCACAGCCCAAACGAGAACUACACUGUCUGGAGAAGGUGGCUGGCCACGGGGAGUAGGUGCGGCCGGGCUCCGGGGCUACAGCGAAUAUUUCCAGAAUAACAUACUACGGUGAAUAUGGUGGCCAGUUAGCCCCCGCAGGAGGAUCUGAAUCAGGCAUGGCGUUGUCUUCCUUCUUGGAACCCAACCUCAAUCACUCCACAGCCGGUGGUUGUGGGGUUAAAUCCCGUGCUGGGAUUCCUGGGGGUACCGGUGUUGGUACCAGUGGCUCUGCUGCUGGCCUUGAGCGACCCUCCGGCUCCAUGGACCGGGUUCUAAAGAUCUUCCAUUACUUUGAGACCAAUAGCGAACCAUGCACAUGGGCUAGUAAUAUCAGGCACGGAGAUGCUACAGAUGUCAGGGGUGUCAUCCAGAAGAUAGCGGAGAUCCACAAAUUGCGCUGCAUGUCCUCUCUGGGCCUCCGUCUGACCCAUCUGCACUCUGAUGCACUCCAUUGGUUACACCCUGAUCUUGGUGUGUGUCAUGUCCGAGAAAAAUAUGAGAGACAGCACCCUCAGGAUGAGUGGAGGUACGAGUUGCGGAUGCGGUACCUUCCUAAAGGUUACCUCAGCCAUUUCUCUGAGGACAAACCCUCUCUUAACUACCUCUAUCACCAGGUAAAAAGUGACUACAUGCAACACAUAGCUGACCAGGUGGAUCAAGAAGUUGCUCUGAAACUGGGCUGUUUGGAAAUUAGGAGGUUCUUCAGAGAAAUGCCAGGCAACGCCCUUGAUAAGAAAUCCAAUUAUGAACUUUUAGAGAAAGACGUGGGUCUGAGAAGGUUCUUCCCGAAAAGCCUGCUGGACUCUCUCAAGGCGAAGACUCUCCGGAAGCAGAUCCAGCAAACCUUUAAGCAGUUUGCUAACCUCAACGAUGAGCAGAGCAUCCACAAAUUCUUUGACAUACUGUCUCCCAUCUACCACUUUGACAAAGAGUGCUUCAAAUGUGCUUUGGGGUCUAGUUGGAUCAUAUCAGUGGAGUUAGCUAUUGGACCAGAAGAAGGAAUCAGCUACCUCACCGAUAAGGGCUCAAUGCCUACACACUUAGCUAACUUUAACCAGGUUCAGUCCAUCCAGUACUCUGCUUUGGAAGAGAAGGACAGGAAAGGCAUGUUGCAGCUCAACGUAGCAGGAGCUCCAGAGCCCCUCACAGUCACCACGGCAUUGCUGACCACGGCAGAAAACAUGGCUGACUUGAUUGACGGCUACUGUCGACUCGUCUCCUCGGCUACUCACUCCUUCAUUGUCAGAGUCCACAAAGAGGGGGACAGAGCUCUGCCGUCCAUCCCCAAAGUAUCAAAUCAUGAGAGGAGGAUGGAAAAACGGAUGGAAGGAGUAAGGACCAGAGCUGUUUGUGUCUCAGGUCACACUAGUGGCGAUGAAACGGACGACUAUGCUGAGAUCAUAGAUGAGGAGGACACCUAUACGAUGCCUUCAAAAUACUAUGGACUAGACCAAGCACGCGACUAUGAAAUUCUGCGAGAAUGCAUUGAAUUGGGACGCUGCAUAGGUGAGGGUCAGUUUGGAGACGUCCACCAAGGAGUCUACAUCAGCCCGGAGAACCCUGCCCUGUCCGUGGCAGUGAAGACGUGUAAGAAUUCGACGUCGGACAGUGUCAGGGAAAAGUUUCUCCAAGAAGCAUUAACCAUGCGUCAGUUUGACCACCCCCACAUUGUGAAGCUGAUGGGCGUCAUCCCGGAUAAUCCAGUCUGGAUCAUCAUGGAGCUCUGCACGCUGGGAGAGUUAAGGUCAUUUCUCCAGGUGAGGAAGUACAGUCUAGACCUGGCCACUCUCAUCUUGUACUCGUAUCAGCUCAGCACAGCACUGGCAUAUCUGGAGAGCAAGCGCUUUGUGCACAGGGACAUCGCCGCGCGGAACGUGUUGGUGUCUACAGUUGACUGUGUAAAACUUGGGGACUUUGGUUUGUCUCGAUAUAUGGAAGAUAGCUCGUAUUAUAAGGCAUCUAAAGGUAAACUGCCCAUUAAAUGGAUGGCUCCAGAAUCCAUUAACUUCAGGCGGUUUACCACAGCCAGCGACGUCUGGAUGUUUGGUGUCUGCAUGUGGGAAAUCCUAAUGUUCGGUAUCAAGCCUUUCCAGGGUGUGAAGAACAAUGACGUCAUCGGCAGGAUAGAGAAUGGCGAGCGACUAGCGAUGCCCCCUCAGUGCCCUCCUACUCUCUACAGCUUGAUGACAAAGUGUUGGUCGUAUGAUCCAAGCAAGAGGCCACGCUUCACCGAACUGAAAACACAACUGAGCACGAUUUUAGAGGAGGAGAAGCUGCAGCAGAAGGAAAGGAGCAGGAUGGAGAUGAGGAGACAGGUCACUGUUUCAUGGGACUCUGGAGGGUCUGAUGAUGCACCACCAAAGCCCAGCCGUCGUCCCUCACUGCAGCCAGCAUCCAGUCUGUCUGCUCCUUUGCCCCACUACCAUUGCCAUCCAAACCAGUGCUUUGCCUCACAGCUCUCCCUCUGCUUUAGAAACCCUCAUCCUUCGUCUCCCUUCACCUCUUCCCACCCGCCCAAUCCUCCAAUCUACUCAUCAGCUCUGCUAUUUCCUCACCACAUUUCCUCUCCUCACAAUCCUCAGACUCAUUCGCCUCUUUUUCAAAAGCUCUUUUUGCACAAUAGCUCUUUCUCUGAGGGUAGCACUAAGUUCCAGUCUGAAUCCGAAGCCAGCUUGUCCCUACACUCACAGACCAACUUCUACCCAGCACCUCACAGCGGUUUAGAGAGACUGUCAAAUGGCAGCUGCCCCCACGAGACAAAUCCCCCUGCUGAGUGCCACCUGCUCUGUUCAUCCCAGCCGAAGUCAAACAGCUCACACUCCCAGUCCUGGCGCUUCUCCCCAAUCCUCACCCAGUCUAGCCCUGACCAUAACUCUCUUCUCCACAGCGUGUCAAAAAUUUGUCCCCACACCCUCCAAAACACCCUGCCCAAGUCAAACUCUAAUCUUAAAAGCCUGCUGUUGCGCAAUUUUCACAGUGGCUGCCGAGCUAACCCCAGCACCCCGGCACAACCCGACUCUGACCCCCAGCACCAACACCCUGCUGUGCAGUCCUGUGGGAGGCCCCCGCUGGUCCCUCCUGCCCCCCCCUCGCUCCCCUCUGCCUGCACUCUGCCCUCCGCUCACCACCGUCCACCGGGUGGAAUGCCAAGCCUCCCUGUAAAUGGCAAUGCACCUUUCCCCGUCACUUGCUCCGAAAGACUCAUGUCUAGAUCUCUGAAGCCUAGUAGACCAGGCUAUCCCAGUCCUCGCUCCAGUGAAGGUUUUUAUCCCAGCCCCCAACAUCCCGGACACUACCAGAUGGCCGGGUACCCCGGCCCUCACACUCUCCCCUCAGUGCCCAGUGCCCUGUACCCCCCGCAGGCCACGAUGCUGGACACACACCACGCGCACACGCACCCCCGCCACCACGUCCACUCGCACGCUCAGCACCUUCCACAUCCCCAUGGGCACGACAUGGCACUGUGGGGCUCUGCGAUGGAGGACAGGGCAGUAGACGUGCAGCAGUUUGUAGGCCAGCAGUGCCUGGUAAUGGAGGAACAGCUGAUGAUACAGCAACAGCAGAUGGAGGAGGACCAGAGGUGGCUGGAGCAGGAGGAGAGGCUUCUGAAACCAGACUCUAGAAGUUCCAGAGGGAGUCUGGACAGAGAAGACGGUGGACUCCAACCACCAACAGGAAACCAGCACAUAUACCAGCCCGUUGGAAAACCAGAGCAUGCAGCUCCUCCAAAGAAGCCACCUCGACCCGCCGCCCAGGGCCAAGUGGGCAGUCUUACUUGUCUAAAUAGCGGUGACGGUUACAACGAGGGAGUCAAGCCCUGGAGGCUGCAGCCCCAAGAGAUAAGCCCGCCCCCCACCGCCAAUCUGGACCGCUCCAACGACAAGGUGUACGAGAAUGUGACAGGAUUGGUCAAAGCUGUGAUUGAGAUGUCGAGCAAGAUUCAACCAGCUCCUCCAGAGGAAUAUGUUCCCAUGGUCAAGGACGUGGGUCUGGCUUUGAGGACGUUAUUGGCCACAGUGGAUGAGACUCUACCACAACUUCCAGCCAGUACACACAGAGAGAUUGAGAUGGCACAGAAACUUCUGAACUCUGACUUGGCAGAGCUUAUUGGGAAGAUGAAGUUAGCCCAACAAUAUGUGAUGACCAGCCUCCAGCAGGACUAUAAGAAGCAGAUGUUGACAGCGGCUCACGCUCUUGCAGUUGAUGCCAAAAACUUGCUGGAUGUCAUCGACCAAUCACGGCUUAAGAUGAUGUCCCAGUCCCGCCCACACUAGUCCAGCGUCAGCUGAGCUGACCAAUCAGAAAAUGCUUUUAUUUGGGAGACAUCACCCCUUUAUUUACUGUUGGUAAUGGAGAAUCAGCACAUGCGAGAGUUAUUGAAGCUGAAUGCUUUACAUCAAAGGAGAAAAACAACAACUCUGAUACUUUGACAACAGCCUGUGAAGAAUUAUUAGAUGUCAUGUCCUUUUGGAGCCACCACUGUGACUUUCGUAAUACAAGAACGGAACAAAAUCACUUCCUGAACCAUGGACCUGGCCGCUUCUCUCUUUGGACUGUAAUAUAAAGAUGAGACUAGCAGAGGCGAAAAGGAAGUGUUGUGAUUUUUUAAAAUAUGAGACAUAUUCCUGGGAUCCCGGCUCUAAAAGGUUAAAAACCCUCCAAACGGAAUACUGUCAUGCAGGUGAAUAAAUCUGGAACUGUCGCCAUCGGGUGGAUUUGUCUUAUCGGAAUAGCACUCUUAAGCGAAGCCAUCAGAGCCUGAUCAGACUGCGUUUUAUCUGUGACAUAUCUGUAUGAAACCUCCUUGGGUAAAUGGACUUAGACGUCAACCAGCAGCCAUCAUCAAUACAUUGCUUGAUAACGUGUGUGUUGUUGUGACUCCCGGAUGUGACCUUAACCUCCACAUCUCUUUGAAACAGCUUUUUCAACAAGGACUUUCACACUAAAGACGGCAUCGGUUCGAACAAACAGCCUUUUCCAUCCCGACCCGUUUUUCCUCCGUCUCAGAAAUUGCAGACUGAGGGAGAGACGGGUGUUGAGACUUGAGGACAGUCUCGCGUCUAGCCUAAAGGAAGCUUCCUUUGCCUUUUUCUUCCACUAUUUCACCCACUGUUCAUUCCUUUAGUUGUCACAUCUUCUCUUUCGUAAAGUCUUCCUCGACUCCUCUCUGAGACAGUUUUAAAGACUCCAAAUGUGAAGAAUCCAACUCUGUCUAGGUGCCCACUGCAGACAAGAAGUUCUCUGCUUAGUUAACCCUUUUAACGGCUAGCUCUAUUUUUUGUGUUGUUUCAGCAGUCACAAUCUUCCUCCUGUUUACUGAACACUUAGAACAAGCAGAUAUUCUAUUCCAGCAUUCACUUUGAUGAGCCAAACAAAAAAGGUGGGGUUUGAGGAUUUACUUAUUAUAACUGGAUAUUUCCUAUUCGUCUGAGAGGAAGAGAAGGACAUCAUGUCUGUGAGGACAGGGUCAGUCUCCUUCCCUUCUCCUCACUGUCCCACUUGUGUCCAGUUGUUCCUAUACAAUACUGUACAAACCUCACAACUGGAACCUCUGUGCUUAGAAUCCCAGUUUUUUUCAGGUGUAACUCUUUUAAAAAUGUCCCUCCAACCAACAGUCCCCAGGGACACACACAUGAAAGGUGGUGUAACAUUACUGCAACUUGUCUUGCUACAGACACAAAACACUGAACUGAAAUGUGUCUGUGUUAUUAGUGACCCCACAUCGAGUACAUACUGCUAUAUGAAGUGUACUGGUGACUGUGCUAGGAUAGCAUGAUAUACAGGUAUGGAGAAGAGCAUAUUUGCACAGCACCAAAAAACUAAAAUCAAACUCUUUUAACCCUGUUUAAUCCAGAUUUGACAGCAUUGAAACUCAAAUAUCUGGGUUUUAUAGGCAUUAAAAGAAAAUGUAAAAGAAACAAUCUAUUUUAUCUCGUCGUUGUGUAAAUCUGCUCAUGUUGGUAUAUUGUAAGCUAUACUGGUGUGAAUCACUGGUGAAUUGUACAGAACUAGUACUGGUUUUUAUUUUGUCUUCUGGGCUAAAUUGGCUAUCUUGUCAAAAUGAGGAGGAAAAAAUGAAAUAAAAAUUAUGACAACUGAUACCAGGCCCACAUUCUUUUUCCCGGAUUGAUUUAUUUAAACGCAUUACCUUACAGGAUUUCUAAUGGCAUUUUUUUAUUUAAUGUUAAUAUCGGCGUGCGAAGGAAAACUCCCAUAUGUGAUCCAUUCUGUAUCUUUUCAUCAUCCACGGGAAGUUAUUCCCCCUGGAAUGUCAUUUAUCUUGUCUUCAAACCUUCAACUUCAAAGGAGUUAAGAUUUAAAUCCAACCAAAAACCCCAAAAAGUUUCCUUGGUUCAACAUGUCCGUUUCGUCGGCAAUAUAUAUUAUUUGGAAUCUUUCAGAGGUGAGACUUAGAAGAUUAGAAUUUAAAAGCUUGGUGAUUGGACAAAGUCAUACAGCUGUAUUUAUUAUGAUAUAUUUAGACUAAGUGGUUUCAGUGUGUAUUUUGUUAACAAAGGAAUGCACCCCGUCCAGACCUGGUACACAUAAAACACACUAUUUGGUGGUUUUCUGUCAAUAAGUCCUAUUCCCUGACACCAAUCCGGAUUCUUAUUGAGACACAUUGGCGAUAUUUAUUCUGUGCAAUAAGGCACCCUCACAACGCAUUCAUGAGACGUCCUUAACAAAAACCAGUCACUGUCUGCAGCCUGUUGACUCGUCUCCUGCCUGUAAGUUAUGAAGGAAACACCUGCAGGCCCAAAUCAUUCCAUGCACACAGACCCACAUUCCCAAUAUACUGACACCUUAAAGCCAGUGACAUUUUGAUGUUUAUUUCAUAUUAAUAAAAUCAAUGGUUUAUUG